AUGAUUGGAAGAGUGCUAGAUUCUGAUGACACGCUGCUUUCAGGUGGGCUUGUAGAGCUAGCAUCUCCAGAAGUGGAAGUGGUGGAUGGCGCAGGGGUUGAAGACGCCGGGGUUGAUGAGUUGGGCGUGGAAGACUCUGUUGGGGACGUACUUGGCGUGGAGGUUUCCAGUGUAGAAGAUGCCGGUGUCGAGGAUGCUGGUGUGGAUGACGGCGCAGAGGAUGACGGCGCAGAGGAUGACGGUGCAGAGGAUGACGGCGCAGAGGAUGACGGCGCAGAGGAUGACGGUGCAGAGGAUGCCGGCGCAGAGGAUGCCGGCGCAGAAGAGUCUGCAGAGGAAGACCCGGUGGAGGCAGAGCUCGGUGUUGAUGAUCCAGCAAUGGAAGAGCUCGUAAUAGAGCUACUGGAGCUUGCAUCCACAGAAGAUGAUCCCCCGGUGGAAGAAUGA